CAGCCGAAACACAGGCCUAAACCAUUUAAACAGAUAGAUACAUGUAUCAUGCACGUCUAGUCAUCUGUUAUCAAACUAGAGCACCACGACUAAUAUAGAUUUAAUGGUCCAGGGUGUUUUGCUUUCCAUUAAAAUCUUUAUUUAUGCCGAAAAUGUCUUAUUUGUAGUUAGCAGCUUUACAGCUAACGAGACAGCUAACUAGCUUAUAUAAAUGAGAACAUUUCAUAUUUCUCUCUGUGAUUGUGAUGUAGGAAUCAGUUUUAAUAUUAGUAAUAAUGUUGCGGUACAUGGAAAUGUGACAAACGGAAUGUUCAGUGCAACGAGAAAGAAGUUUGGGGAGGGGGUCGAAAGUGACUACCCUGAUGAGAGCAUAUACUAUGGCCAGACGUCAAUGUUCCCGCAUCGAUCGGAGAAAGACAUGCUAUCAUCUCCCUCGCCGUCAUCGUCAGGUCAAUUGUCACAGCUUGGUGCGAGUUUGUAUGGUCCGCAAAGUGCACUAGGUUUCUCAAUAAGGGGCAUGAGCAACAACAACCCUCAAUUGAACCGAAAUUUAACACAAGGCACCUGCAGUGACGUGCAGAAAGAUAAUCUGGUGUGA